AUGUGUGAACAAAUUCCAUCGGUCACAUUAUGGGGUACAACUCAACUCACCUCAACCAUAACUACUUCUACUAUAUUGACUAGCUCAAUCUCUCAAUCAACAAGGUUGGUAACGAGUCAAGUUAUAACAAAAGCGGUGUUUACUAGUUUAGUACCUCAACAAACAUUAUUUUAUCCUUGUUCAGAUUUAUCGUCCGCACAAAGUCCCGGACCCAGUGCGGGUGCAAUCAGUAGUACACAACGAGGGUCACAACAACCUAAAGCAUCGGAUGCAAACGGAGGUGAAGGAUCAAUCGACCCUAACGCGACCGGACAGUUCACAGGUUCGUUGCCUUUAAACACAAGACUAUCACAAACGUCAUCGCAGUUGCAAUCGAGAAGUUUGAGUCUCAUUUCUCCUUCUAGAACUGCCGCUCCUUCUGUGCCCACUCCCAGUGCCAGUGCCAGUGGUAGUACCAGUCCACCAGUAAUAUCGUCGCUCGCACCUUCAGCCACUGCAGGUGAAGGAACAGGUGAAAAUGCCCAAUCACAAAAUCGUACUUCUUCUCAAGCAGGAACAAUAGCUGGAGCAGUAGUGGGAAGUAUCUGCGCUUUGAUCUUGUUAAUAAUGAUUGGAUUAUGUAUACAAAGGAGAAGAACCAGAACAAACUCAGGAUCAAGAAGGAACGAUUGGUCUGAAAAAUCAUUACCACAAAGCGACGUCGGAAAUGAUUAUUGGGAAAGGAGAUUUAGAGAAAUUGAAUCUGCGAAUUCUAGUAGAGGAUUAUCAGACGGGCUUGGAUCUGGUUCUGCUUCACGUUUACAACAUCAACCCCACACUGUAGGUGGAGUUUCUGAUGAGAGAAAGAAAGGGGAUUGGGACAGUCAAACAAGUCGUAAACUACGUUUGACCCUCGAUUUGGGAUCGAAAGAUUUGGAAUCAAGACCUCCUUCAAGGUUGUCAAUGAUCUCAUCAUUUUUCGGUGGUAGGAUCACACCUACACCUAAUUUCAUGCCAUCUCCUCAUCAUCGCGCAGGAUCCCACGCACGCUCACACGCACAUUCUCAUUCACAUUCACGUAAACCCUCGACUGCAAGAGGAAGUACUUUCAGUUUCAACCCUUUCAAGAAGAUCAAAUAUACACCUAAUCAUAGUAGGUCAAUAUCGUCACCUUGGGUUCAAGAAGAUUCAAGAUCAAUCACAUCACCAAAUUAUUCAUAUUCAAGUAAAUCGCCUGGUCCAAACUCUUCUUUCGAAGAAAAUAGACUCGUUAUCAACCACACUCAAAAGUCAAGAUUGAAUCAAAACCAAAACCAAAACCAAAGCCAAAAUCAGAUCCAAAAUGGCAAGAGAUUAUCACAAUCUACUUUCGGUAAUAAAAUAUCUGCCUUUAAUCAACCUUCUUCUGCCUCAAGAGAAAGAGAGGAAUAUCAAUACGAUAACGAAUCAAAGCUGAACAUCAAUACCGAUUUGAGCAGGAGCAUGGACAACUCAGUUUUACCUACAUCCAAAUCAACAUCGACUCAAGAUCCACCUGUGACUGGAAAUACUUUUGGUGGAUCAUCUUCGAACGGGAUAGUGGCAGCAACGACACAGAGCGAAGGCAGAGUAGUCGAAAGUCCAACAGAAGAAGAAAUAGAAGAAAGAAGAAAUAUGGAAUGGAUAAGACAUUCAACAGUAUUAUCAGAUCAAGGAGAAGGCGAGGAAACACUAGAUUCCACAGAUGAAGAACAAUUAAAAUCGAAGUUAGGUAUAUCAGAAAUUGAUGAUUUAGGUGGAUAUCCAAAUACAUCUGUAUUUAGCAAAGCACUCGAUAAUGGAUUACCCUCUAUCGCUGCUACAAAACCUUUUUUAGGCUUGGGAAAUGGUCAAGGACAAUAUAAUCCUUCUAUAGGAAAUACACCACCACAAUUAGGUGCAAUAGGCAACUACACAUCUCUAAACUCGCAUUUAUCGAGUAUAUCGACUAUACAAUCAUUACCGCCUGCUGGAGGUGGUAAUGGUGGAACUCAUUUAUCUGGUAUUUCAACAACUACUUCUUCCUUUAUACCAUUUAUACCAGCUCCUAGGGGUGGUCAUUUCUCAGGUAUAUCAUCAAUUGGGUCAAACUCGAUACCAUUCGUACCUAUGCGUGGAGGUCAUUUCUCAGGUUUAUCAACUUCCCCUUCAACAGUUCUGCCUAGAGGUUAUUUAUCUGGUUUAUCAUCCGCUCAUUCAUUCAACAAUCAUAAUUAUAAUCAGAAGAACACAAGACCUAAAUCACCUGAUUCUAUGUCGAUUCCUUCUGAUAUCAUAAUCGGUUCACCUACAGAGAAACACCUUUCGCACUCACACCGAAGACCAGGAUUCAGUUCACUCCAUCGCAAAGAAUCCCAAUCCACUGUAUCUACCUAUUCAACUCAUCCAGUUUCACCUUCUUCCACACACCCUUCGUUUGGUAUUUCUCGUCCUACUUCAGAAACCUCAGAAGCUCGUACCGCCACAUAUUACAGAAACUCCCGCCGGUCGCUUUACCCCCCUUCACGAAGUACAAGUGUCAAGGUGAAACGUACACUAAGUGGACAAUCAAGUUCCGUGAAAGAUUCGAUACCACCUCCCUUACCUUUCGUGCAGAAUAGAAAAUCAGCCUUCGAAGAUAGUGAAUAUGAUAAAUCCCCGCCUGCAACAAGUUUCUUGAUUCCCAAUAAUAUCACCAGGAGAUCAUUGAAAAUCCAAAGGGAAUCAAAAGGCAAACAUGUACCAAAAAUCAGACUAAGUCAAAGAGCUUUGACGCCAAGUCUAUGGAUUGAUGAAGAACUAUUAGCUAGGUUCGCUGAUGCCGCAGAAACCAGUGAAUCCACCAUGAGCGACGGGGUGAGUACAAUCAAAGUCAACAGGAGACGAUCAGUCUCGAACCCUCCUCCACCCCCUCAUGCGCCAUCUCAAGUACAGGAUAGUAGCUCUGGCAUAAACGAGAAAAUGGAAGCAAAUGGAUCAAUGGUGGAAGUCGAAAAGGAAGACCGAGCAGAAACUACUUUGAUAAGUAGAUUUUCUGGUUCAACUGAAUCAACCGAAAAAUCAGUUGUAUCGAGAAAAGGUAGUAGUGCAAGUAUCGUCUCGCAUUCACGUUCAAGUGUUAUUUCAGAUGAUACUUCAUCAAGAACGUUAUCAGGUGAUUCAAGGUCGACCUCAAAUACAAAUACAAACUCCAUGUUCAUUCCGAAUACUGGUGAAGAGGCGAAGCCAUCAGAUUACGAUGGACUAGAUAUGGCAAUGACGACUCCAUUAUCAACUCCAACUCCAACUCCGAUUCCAAGACCAGCAAAGUUGGAUAAAGGUAAAGGAAGAGCUAUAACUAUACUAUCGCCUCAUACUCCACCUAAUAGACUUCCUUUGUUCUCUCCUCCUUUCCCUAAACCUCCAACUCCACCUUUACCUUCUUGGGCGGAAACAUCAACCAUAGCUAUACCAGCCAACCUGAGAUGGUCGAUAAAAGAAAGACGUAAAAUGAUUCCAACGAAAGCUAUAGAAGACAAGAAUGCACUUACUCCUCAACCAACAUCAUCCACCCUUAAGUAG